CAGGCCCGGCGGCAUGGAGCAGGGCGUGGUGGGCCAUCCGGUGACCCUCAUCAUCAAGGCGCCCAACCAGAAGUACACCGACCAGACCGUCAGCUGCUUUCUGGACUGGACCGUGGGCAGGCUGAAGUCGCACCUCUCCGACGUUUACCCCAGCAAACCGUCCACAAAGGAUCAGAGACUGGUGUAUUCUGGCAGACUGCUUCCUGAUCACCUGCAGCUGAAAGAUGUUCUCAGAAAACAAGAUGAAUAUCAUAUGGUUCAUCUGGUGUGUACUUCCCGGACACCCCCAAGUUCUCCAAAACCAAGCACCAGUAGAGGUGGUCACGGAGCUUCAACCUCCAGCAGCAGCUCAAGUUUGGACCAUUCUGGAUCAACUGCUGCCUCACCCACAAACCAAGAAGCUUCAUCUCCACCUUUGAACACUGGUGCAGAUGGACUGAGACAUCGUAAUCUCCCACAAGCACAGAGUGAUCCCAUACCGAGCCACCAGUUCCCUUAUUUAAUGCAGGGCAAUAUAGGUAACCAGUUUCCAGGCCAGGCUAUUCCUGCUGGAUUUCCUGUGUAUCCUGCAUUCAGUCCCUUACAGAUGAUAUGGUGGCAACAAAUGUAUGCACGUCAGUACUACAUGCAAUACCAAGCUGCUGUUUCAGCCCAAGUGACAUCCAGCACUGAACCAGUGAGGUCUGCAGUCGCUCAGGCUGUAAAUUCCCAACGUGCUCCUGCGAAUGAGCCUGCAGCAGUGCCAAAUGUAGCCAUCCAGGAGAACAGGCCUGUGAACCCAAACGUUCAGAUGAACGCCCAGGGAGGCCCUGUGGUGAAUGAGGAGGACUUCAACCGGGAUUGGCUGGACUGGAUGUACACAUUCUCUAGAGCAGCUAUUCUUCUGAGCAUUGUAUACUUCUAUUCUUCCUUCAGUCGGUUUGUCAUGGUAAUGGGAGCCAUGCUACUGGUUUACUUACACCAGGCUGGAUGGUUCCCGUUUAGGCAAGAGGGUGGCCAGCAACAAGCAGCCAAUAAUGUAGAAGGGAACCGUGAUGGGCAAAAUGCAAAUAAUCCUGAUCUUGAAGAGAUGGAACGACUUAUGGAUGACGGGAUUGAUGAAGACAGUGGAGAAGAUGCUGGUGAAGACGCCAAUAUAGAGCAGCAGCCUGGUUUCAUGGCUUCUGCUUGGUCCUUUAUCACAACCUUCUUCACAUCACUCAUCCCUGAAGGGCCUCCACAGGUUGGCAAUUAAAACGAAAGAGGAACUGCAUCAGACAGUCUCAGUAGCCAUACAUAGAAGUGGAGCAGAUUCUAGAGAGUGUUUUAAACGCAGUGCAAUUUCAUAAAAUUUAUAAUGUUAUCUUUUUGAUCACAGUGUACAAAAAUGUGUAUUUUUUUUUCUUUUUGGCUUUCUCAUGCAUUAUGUAUUUUAAGCACAAGUGGACUACUAAAUGCUUUCCUUAAGAUUCUUCUUUUUCUGAAGAAUGAAAUGUAAAGAUACUGGUCUUCCAUGUUUUAUUUUAAUUUCAGAUGUGUAUUACACUGAGGCAAAAAGCUUGUACUUAAUCUGCACCAUUACCUCUUUAAAGAGCUGUUAAAAAUCAUGAAUGUUGACAGAUUUUCCUAAAUGCUGACUGAAUAACUUUAGUGUAUCUUGAAUUAAUUCCAUGCAGGUAUGAAUUGGGAUUUGGAGUUUGCAUCGUUCCCAAAAGAAUGGUGUAAACACAAGGUUUACUUGCUAAAGGCAUGUUGUCUUCAUGCUGCAGAAUACCGAGCCUCUUUUUGUAUCUUUAGAAAGCUGAAAGCUUUUUAUUGAGGCUGCAGUGAAGUUCAUUAAAUUUAGAGAUGGCUGACAGCUCUUCAAAGAGAAUCAAAAGUGAUGGGAUAAACCUUAAAUGUUUGAUACAUGCAGUACUUUUUAAAAAACAUAGCUGUACUGGGGGGAAAACAUGUAAAUUAGUUUUUUAAUAAAAACUAUUAUGGCAACUCUUUUGGAUGUUUAUAUGCAUAUUUGAACCAGACAACUAAACGCUGCAUUGUUAAGGAGGAGGAGAUGGUUGAGAGUGGAAUAAAGUUAAUCACGGUGGCAUUACUGAUACUGUCUACAGUGAUAUGUUUGUAGCAGUGCUAUACCACUACAGAUAGGAGCUCAGCAUCAUGGUAUUCUCUGUAUUCUCUUUGUGUUCUUUCUAAAAUAAAACUGAAACAAAGAAAAUUUUACAUAAGAGAAUGACAGUGCUGCUGUCAGUUUUCAGUUUACUUCAGAUUUUAGACUGUUUGCUUAUACUUGUCCUUAAUUUUGAAAUUAUCAUGUUUUACCUAACUUCAGAACUGCUGCUGAGAUCCUGUUAAUCUGUGACCAAAAUUAAACCACAUUUCUGUUUUUUCAUUUACAGAGCAAGACUCUUAAAUAGGUCUGAACAACAAAGGUUUUGUUUUCUGCUUGCUCACGACAAACUACUGAAGCUGUGCAGUGAAAAUUUAAGCUUGCAUCUUGUUUGGUUUAAUCUUCUUAAAACAUUUGUCAGGUUUUCUAGGCCUUGUGGAGAGUUGAAUUUCAAUCUGGGGAAAAAAUAAAUGUGAACUAUGUUUUUUAAUUUAAA